AUGCAACAUAACAUUUUUGCAACGAUGCGUACUUUGAAUAUGAUGGAAGGUUGUAAAGGAGCACAAGUUUAUGCUUUUAAUCCAUCUGGGAAAACCACAACAAAUGGUAAUUAUGGUGGUGGUGGUGUUGGUGAGAAAUUUCUACAACAUCUCCAAGAAAGGGUUAAUUCUGUUAGGUCAAAGUCAAACAGGAAUUACCAACCUUUGCAAACAAAAGAUAAUGUGAAAAAUGUUGUUUUAUCUGAAGCCUUAGCUACUUAUGGCCUUCCCCAAACUGAUUUAAUUGAACCCCAUAUUGAAUCUUAUCUUAAAUCUGUCAAUUUUGUGGAGACAUUAGCUGAUGUUUAUUGUAGAAUGGAGGUUUGUCCUCAGUUUGAGAUAUCGGGGAUGUAUCUCGAGCAAUGUGCGAUAUUUAGGGGCUUAUCGGAUCCUAAAUUAUUUAGGAAGUGCUUAAAGUCAGGCAGAGAACAUGCGGUUGAUGUGCAUUCUAAGGUUGUGUUUUCGGCGUGGUUGAGGUUUGAUAGAAGAGAAGACGAGCUUAUUGGUGUAUCGGCUAUGGAUUGUUGUGGGCGAAGCAUUGAAUGCCCGAUGAGUUCUUUGGUGUAUGGGUAUAAUCCUGAAUCAGCUACCGAACCUUGUAAAUGUCACCAAAGACCUAUACAAGAUGAAGUUUUUGUUGGAGAUGAGGAAUGCUCAGCUUCAAUUAGUCAUUGUGAUGAGGAGGGUGAUUAUGAUAUGUCGUUUUUCAUUGGUGAUGAAGAGGUCAAGUGUAGGAGAUUUAAUAUAGCUUCACUUUCGAGGCCAUUUGAAGCGAUGUUGUAUGAUGGUUUCAUGGAGUCACGAAGGGAGAAAAUAAACUUUACACAAAAUGGAAUCUCUACAAAUGCGAUGAAAGCUGCUGAGAUGUUCAGCAGAAUGAGAAGUGUGGAAUCUUUUGAUCCGGAUAUUGUCUUAGAGCUUUUAUUAUUGGCCAACAAGUUUUGUUGCAAUGAAAUGAAGUUUGCUUGUGAUGCUUAUUUAGCAUCAUUGGUUUCUGAUAUGGAUAGUGCUAUGUUACUUAUUGACUACGGGUUGGAGGAGACUGCAUAUGUUCUUGUGGCAGCAUGCUUGCAGGUGCUAUUGAGGGAACUUCCAAAUUCAAUGCACAACCCUAACGUGUCGAGGCUCUUCUGCAGUUCAGAAGGUAGGGACAGAUUAGCUUCAGCGGGGCAUGCUUCUUUUUUGCUGUACUGUUUUUUGACCCAAACAGCUAUGGCGGACGACAUGAAAUCAAACACAACUGUAAUGCUGUUGGAAAGAUUGGGAGAAUGUUCGAAUGCAAGCUGGCAGAAACAGCUUGCGUUCCACCAGCUAGGUUGUGUGAUGCUUGAAAGAAAAGAGUAUAAAGAUGCUCAGAAAUGGUUUGAGGCAGCUGUUGAAGCUGGUCAUGCUUAUUCCUUGGCUGGCAUUGCCAGAGCCAAGUACAAGUGUGGUCAUAUGUACAAGGCAUAUAAGUUGAUGAACUCCCUCAUAUCUGACUGUAUACAUUCUGGGUGGAUGUAUCAGGAGCGAUCCCUGUAUUGUCAUGGCAAAGAAAAGACGAUGGACCUGAGUACCGCUACUGAAUUGGAUCCAACACUUUCUUAUCCUUACAAAUACAGAGCCGUUACAAUGGCAGAGGAGAAUAGAAUCGAGGCAGCAAUUUCUGAGAUCAACAAAAUAAUUGGUUUCAAGAUCUCUCCUGACUGCCUUGAGCUUCGUGCCUGGUUCUUGAUCGCCCUGGAGGACUAUGAAGGAGCUUUAAGGGAUGUUAGAGCACUGUUGACUUUGGAUCCCCAGUAUGUGAUGUUCCACGGGAAAUUGCAAGGUGAUAAAUUGGUGGAGCUGCUACGACAUACUGUUCAGCAGCGCAAUUAGGCCGAUUGCUGGAUGCAAUUGUAUGACCGAUGGUCCUCUGUAGAUGAUAUUGGUUCCUUAGCUGUUGUUCAUCAUAUGUUGGCCAAUGCCCCUGGGAAGAGUCUCUUACUGUUCAGGCAAUCUCUCCUUCUUUUACGGUUGAACAGCCACAAAGCUGCAAUGCGUAGUCUAAAAGAAGCCCGAAAUCAAGCUACCUCUGAGCAAGAAAGGUUAGUCUAUGAAGGAUGGAUAUUAUAUGACACAGGUUAUCGUGAAGAAGCUAUUUCUAAAGCUGAAGAGUCAAUCUCAAUCCAGAGAUCACUUGAAGCCUUUUUCCUAAAAGCAUAUGUUUUAUCAGAAACCAAUUCAGAUUCUGAGGCAUCAUUGUAUGUAAUAAAACUGCUUGAGGAAGCUCUUAGAUGCCCUUCAGAUGGUCUUAGGAAAGGCCACGCUCUGAGUAAUCUGGCAAGUAUCUAUGUAGAUGUUGAUAAGCUAGACAAUGCAAUUGAUUGCUACAUGAAUGCCUUGACUAUUAAGCAUACAAGAGCCCAUCAGGGCCUGGCACGAGUUUACCAUCUCAAAAAUCAGAGGAAAUCUGCAUAUGAUGCGAUGACAAAGUUGAUUGAGAAGGCAAGGUACAAUGCAUCAGCUUAUGAGAAGCGUUCUGAAUACUGUGAUCGUGAAAUGGUAAAAAGUGAUCUUAGAAUGGCGACAAAGUUAGAUCCCCUCAGGACAUAUCCAUACAGAUACAGAGCAGCUGUUUUAAUGGAUGACCAUAAGGAAUCUGAGGCCAUCUCAGAGUUAAUAAAAGUCAUAGCUUUCAAGCCCGACUUCCACCUGCUCCAUCUUCGAGCAGCUUUUCAUGACUCGAUGGGUGACCCCACAUCUACCAUUCGAGAUUGUGAAGCAGCCCUGUGUCUUGACUCUAACCAUGCAGAUACACUUGAGCUUUAUUCGAAAGCACGACAACGAUCUAAUGAACAACAAUUAACGUGAAGAGCAGAUAACAGCAUUGGCUUCUUCAGGAUUUUUUUUUUUUUUUUGGGAAGUCAGUCACUGACUCACUUCUGCCUAAAUUCUUUUAAGGUGCA